AUGGCAUUUGCCCUUCUGCUGCUGCUGCUGGGAACAGGUACAUGUGACAUGUUCCCCACUGAGACUGACACAACUACCACAGAAACAACCACCACUGACAUGACUGCCACAGAGACGACUGCUGAGACAACUGCCAUGCCCACGACCUCCAUUGCCGUCAUAAUCUCCAAAAACACAAGCAGCAACAGAACUCCAACAUCCAUCCCCUCCCAUUCCACAGUCUUCCCUGCCACAGGCAACACCACAAACUUCCAGCCCAGCAACAGCUCUGCAGGCAAUGCCACAGCAAACAGCACUGCUGUGCCCAUGCCUAACAGCACUGUCAUCUAUCCCAAUGCCUCCACAAACAGCAGCAACUGGAUCACCCCCAGCAUGAGAAAUAGCAGCUCCAUGGUUCCCACAUCCUCCACAGAUGGUGUCACAGGGAUCCCCACCUCCAGUGGCAAAGGCAACGGGAGCAGCAGCACUCAGGUCAGCCCCACACAGAUGGGCAGCACGGCUCCCAGGCAGACCCUCACAGCAGUGCUGGGCAGCAGCCAUGCUCCCAACCCCAGCAAAACCGCAGCCUUGCUCCCCACUGCUGUCCAGCUGCUCCUCCGUGUCCCGCUGUCCUUCCGCAUCCUCAACAGGAGCUUCAACGAGAGCCUGCGUGACCCCACAUCAAGGGACUAUAGGAGCCUGAGCCACACCAUCCUAACCAUGUAUGAACACGUCUUUGGCUGCACAAGCUGCCUGGGCUGGCAGACCUACAAGGGAUGCAGUGAGCUCCGUUUCAGCCGAGGCUCAGUGGAGGUGCAGUCCAUCCUCGUCUUCGGGCACGGCAAUGGCACCAUCACCAGUGAUGCUGCUGAGCAGCAGCUGAGGAAAAGCCUGGACCAGAACGGCUUCAUCAUGGACCUGCAGCUGGCCAGCAUCCAGAGCUCUGUGGAGGUGACAUCCCCAGCACCGGUGCCUGUGGUCCCAGACUGGGCCAUUGCUCUGCUGGUCCUGGUGUGCAUCCUGCUGCUGCUGAGCAUCCUCAACUGCUUUCUGAUGACCACUUGUACCUGUCGGCGAAAAAGCCGAGGGAAGCUGGACCUGCUCAGCACCAAGGACUCCUACCACCCCAUGGCCGAGUAUGCCCCAUACCAGAGCCAUGGGCGCUACGUGUCCCCCAGCAGCAAGCCCAACCCCUACAGCCAGGUGGCUGGCAGCAAUGGGGGGGGGACCGGCACCUUCACCUACACCAACCCCCCGGGGGGCGGCGGCUGA